CCCAUUCUCCCCAAGUCUCCAUUCCAAGUGCAACGUUCGACGUCGACGCGACUGCUUGCUAGUGCUCGAACCGGCUCUCGAUUUAUCACCAAACCCAGUCUUCUAGGCGUUUUUCCGCAAACUCCUCAAUUACAACAUACUCAAGAUGUCGUGCCCAGUCCCCGCUCCAGCCCUGAAGGACCUCCCCCGUGUGGCCGGCGACCUCAAGAGCGAACUCGAGGGCUUCAAACCGACGAAUCUGAAGAACGCAGACACACAAGAGAAAAUAGUGCUUCCCUCCGCUGAAGAUGUGGCACAGGAACGCACGCAUAACGCACUGAUCGCAGGAGUAGAGAACUUUAAGUGCUCUUCGCUCAAAAGAACAGAUACCAAAGAGAAGAUCGUGUUACCGAACGCACAAGAUGUAGCAGCGGAGAAAACGGAAAAAGCUUUAAUCGCAGGCAUUGAACACUUCGACCAAACCAAGCUCAAACAUACCGAAACCCAAGAGAAAAAUCCUCUUCCUAACAAAGAUGUCGUGCUGCAAGAAAAAAACCAUCUUAACCUCCUAAACGGCGUGGAACACUUUGACAAAGCGUCUAUGAAGCAUACGCAGACCGCAGAAAAAAUUAUUUUGCCUGAUAACCAAGUGAUCGAACAGGAGAAAGGCCAAAGACAGUUGAUUUCGGGGAUCGAAAAUUUCGACAGUAGCAAGCUCCGACACGCCGAAACCUGCGAGAAGAAUCCUUUACCUACCAAGGAAAUUAUCGACCAGGAGAAGAGCGCCUAGACGCUCCAACCAUCGCAUUGGCGGAUAAUUACAUGCCAAUUUUUGUAUUAUUUUAUACUUUUAUAUACCACACAUAUUUAUAAAGAUGAUACUGAGUAUGUAUGUAAUUAUACUUUAGCUUAUUUCUUAUGAACUUUGAUACUAAUAUUAUAUUAUCUUGAUUUAUUUUGUACUUAUUUUGUAGGUGAAUCGAUAGUAUUUACUUACGAAAAUAAAUUUGCAUGAAAUGGUGCUUCAAUAAAUUGUAAUUUAAACUGA